AUGUGCUAAUCUUUAAACCUUUAUGUUUUUAAAUCCUGUGUACGUCUGGUCUCUUCGUACAAAAGUGUAUUUUGCUUGUUUCUUCUCGUCUUCUUCAGUCUGAAGCCUUAUGUAGGUCAGGCUUGGCUUAAGCAGAUUUCCUGAACCUGCGUCAGCUUAAGCUGAAGGAAUUUUAAUAAACCCUCCCUUGUAGGCGUGGGCCUAAAUGAGACUAGCCUAGUUAAGCCUGAUCUUUUUCUGUUUGUGAAAAAGAGCUGAGCAGAGCUAGGGACUGCAUGGUGGCUUCGGGAGCUGCUUCCUUAAUUCAAAGCUAACAAUGGUCGGGAAGGCCAGAUCUUCUAAUUUCACCUUAUCUGAAAAGCUCGAUUUGCUAAAACUCGUGAAGCCUUACGUUAAAAUUCUCGAAGAACACACCAAUAAGCAUUCUGUAAUAGUGGAAAAAAACAAAUGCUGGGAUAUCAUAGCCGAUAACUACAAUGCCAUCGGAGUAGAUCGCCCGCCUCGCACCGCACAGGGCCUGCGCACGCUGUACAAGAGGCUCAAAGAAUAUGCCAAACAGGAGCUAUUGCAGCAAAAGGAGACUCAUUCAGACUGUAAAAGCAGCAUUUCCGAGCCAACCAAGAAAGUUGUGGAGAUGAUUCCACAGAUUUCCAAUGUGUGUUUAAGAGACAGGAGCGGUGUACAAAGCGCUAAUAUCGAUAAAGAAACAAUUGCUGGUACCAGUUCACCACAGGCAAUGUUGGAUCACCAUCCUGCUACAGUCAUGAUGGAGUUGCAAUCAGAAGAGGAUGUCAAACCUCCUCCUUCUUUGAUUAUAGACUCACAGCCAAGUGAGAACGUAGAACAAGAGGAAGAACACCAGUUGGUGCACAUUAUGGAAAGGUCUCCUUCAACGUCAGUAUCUUCAGUUGACAUGAGAGUUAUGAUGUCUCCCUCUCCUGUGCCAAGAAGAGAUGAGUUUUUUAGGCUUGAGGUUGGAGAACGCUUUAGACCAAUGUGUGGGUAUGACCCACAGAUGUUGCAAAUGCUGAAAGAAGAGCAUCAAAUAAUAUUAGAAAAUCAACGAAAAAUUGGGCUUUAUGUCCAAGAAAAAAGAGAUGGUUUGAAAAGAAAGCAGCAGCUGGAAGAAGAACUGUUGCGAACAAAAAUCAAAGUAGAGAAGCUAAAGGCAAUACGACUACGCCGUGAUCUGCCAGAAUACAGCAGUAUCUAAAUAUUUUAUUACCUCUGUCACAUCCCUUGAAAUACUUAAUAAUAAAUGCUUUUGCCCUAGCAAAACUGUUCCUUAUGUUAAUAUGGUCUUGAAAGAUGAAAGCCUAUUUUCCAUGUUGUUGUUUACGUACCAUAAUAAAAACACCUUGUAUGGGUUUGAGUGCACCAACUCUUCUGCUCUGAAGUAUAAUCAAAUCAUGUAGACUUAAGGAUGGUGAGAACCCCAAUUUCUUAAAUAUUUCAACUUACCUCUAACAAUUGCAGAAAGCAAUGUAGGUUGGUUCUUUUUCAAAAUUUGAUCAUAUGCGUUAUUUUUUCAAAUAAUUACCAAUCCUUUAUUACCUUAACGAACUUACUGGUUAGUAAACAUAUAAAAAGGAAGAGUAAGAAGCUAUGUUUAAAUAUGCUCUUCUUUUCAUGUUGGUAAUUCUUGUGACAGUGGUGAAAUUUUGCUGAUGUAUCAGCUUGGAAAACAAAAUUACUGGAUUGUUAUAUUUUUUUAAUGUUCAGUAGACAUUGAAUAAAUGUACAUCUUUUAAAAAGUUAAUACUUUUUAAUAUUGUUUUCAGUGGAUGAGUGUUUCCAUAGGGUACUAUGAAAAUAGAGACAAUGAAUGCAACAAUUCAUUUUUAAAACUGCAUGCAUGCAUAAUCUGUGUGUACAGUUACCAUGAUCGUAUAUUCUCUUAGAGUAAUUAUACUGGUCCUCAACCAGAAAAAAGUCUAAUAAGCUCACUUGCAUGCAUAAUUACUGCAGUGCAUGUGCAACCAAGACAGUUGCAGGUGCCUUUGAUCGAUAUCAAUAUGACUAUAAGCUAUCAAAGUGAAAUAGCUUCUGUAUGUAAGUCAUGUGACUCGAAAUCAGCAGAAGAUUCUUUGUUAUUCUUGGUACCUUUUAUAAAUGCUGUUGUUCUGCUCCUUUGAUUAGUUUCAAAUAAAAAGCCCAAAAUGAAAAAGAAAUCGAUUAUUCUGUCUGUCCUGGAAGCAGCACUUUCUUCUGCAUUUAUGAUCAGCAUUCAUAACUGGAAGA